CGUCCGGCUGCGGAGUUUGGCGCGCGGCUCGUGUGAGCGGGAGUCCCCGGAGCCAUGCCCGAGGCCGCGGACAGCUGCUCCCUGGCCACUCCGGCGUCGCUCUGCCAGACCCGGCACCUGCAUCUGCGCUGCAGCGUCGACUUCCGCCGCCGGGCGCUGACCGGGACGGCGGCGCUCCGGGUCCAGUCGCAGGAGGACCAUCUGCGCAGCCUGACUUUGGAUACAAAGGACCUUACGAUAGAAAAAGUGAUCAUCAAUGGACAAGAAGUCAAAUUUGCUCUUGGGGAGAGUCAAGGUUACAAAGGAUCACCAAUGGAAAUUUCUCUUCCCAUGGCUCUGUGCAAAAACCAAGAAGUCGUUAUAGAAAUUUCAUUUGAAACGUCUCCAAAUUCUUCUGCUCUUCAGUGGCUCACCCCUGAACAAACUUCUGGGAAGAAACACCCAUAUCUCUUCAGUCAGUGCCAGGCCAUUCACUGCAGAGCGAUUCUUCCUUGCCAGGACUCACCUUCUGUGAAAUUAACUUACAGUGCAGAGGUGUCUGUCCCUAAAGAACUAGUGGCACUUAUGAGCGCCAUUCGUGAUGGAGAAGGACCUGACCCAGAAGACCCGAGCAGGAAAAUAUACAGAUUCAACCAGAAAGUUCCAAUACCCUGCUACCUGAUUGCUUUAGUUGUUGGAGCUCUAGAAAGCAGACAAAUUGGCCCGAGAACACUGGUAUGGUCUGAGAAAGAGCAGGUGGAAAAAUCCGCUUACGAAUUUUCCGAGACUGAGUCUAUGCUGAAGAUCGCGGAGGACCUGGGAGGGCCGUAUGUGUGGGGGCAGUACGACCUGCUGGUCCUGCCGCCAUCCUUCCCGUACGGCGGCAUGGAGAAUCCUUGCCUCACCUUCGUCACGCCGACUCUGCUGGCAGGUGACAAGUCUCUCUCCAAUGUGAUUGCACAUGAAAUAUCUCACAGCUGGACGGGAAACCUGGUGACCAACAAAACUUGGGAUCAUUUUUGGUUAAAUGAAGGACAUACUGUGUACUUGGAACGCCACAUUUGUGGACGAUUGUUUGGUGAAAAGUUUAGACAUUUCCAUGCUCUGGGAGGAUGGGGAGAACUGCAGAAUUCGAUCAAGACCUUUGGGGAGACACAUCCUUUCACCAGACUUGUGGUGGACCUGACAGGUGUAGACCCUGAUGUAGCAUAUUCUUCAGUGCCCUAUGAGAAGGGCUUUGCUUUACUCUUCUACCUCGAGCAACUGCUGGGAGGCCCAGAGGUUUUCCUUGGAUUCUUAAAGGCUUAUGUGGAGAAAUUUUCCUAUAAGAGCAUAACCACUGAUGACUGGAAGGAUUUCCUGUAUUACCACUUCAAAGAUAAGGUUGACUUUUAAAAAGCUUUCUUAUUUUCCAUGCCCAGUGUAUCUUUCU